UUUCUUGGCAGUACGGAAGUGGAACAGCCCAAAGGCACCGAAGUCGUGAGAGAUGCCGUUAGGAAGCUGAAGUUCGCAAGGCAUAUCAAAAAAUCUGAAGGACAAAAAACACCAAAGGUUGAAUUACAAAUCUCAAUAUACGGAGUGAAAAUCCUAGAUCCAAAAACAAAGGAAGUCCAACACAAUUGCCAGCUCCAUAGGAUAUCAUUUUGUGCUGAUGAUAAAACCGACAAAAGGAUAUUCACUUUCAUAUGCAAAGACUCUGAGUCAAACAAACAUUUGUGCUACGUCUUUGACAGUGAAAAGUGUGCAGAAGAGAUAACUUUAACAAUUGGGCAAGCGUUUGAUCUGGCUUACAGGAAAUUUCUGGAAUCGGGCGGAAAGGACGUGGAGACGAGAAAACAGAUUGCAGGGUUACAGAAAAGAAUUCAGGAACUAGAAACAGAAAAUAUGGAGCUUAAAAAUAAAGUACAAGAUUUAGAGAACCAACUAAGGAUAACCCAAGUAAAUUCAUCGCCCGCAGGCAGUGUGACACCUAAAUCACCCUCCACUGACAUCUUUGAUAUGGUCCCCUUUUCUCCCAUGUCCCCCCAGUCAUCAACACCUACUCGCAAUGGCACGCAGCCUCCGCCAGUGCCCAGUAGAUCUGCAGAGAUCAAGAGAGACCUUUUUGGAGCAGAACCAUUUGACCCUUUUAGCUGCGGAGCCGGAGAUUUCCCUCCAGACAUUCAGUCCAAACUAGAUGAGAUGCAGGAGGGGUUCAAAAUGGGACUGACUCUGGAAGGCACCGUAUUCUGCCUUGAUCCCUUAGACAGCAGGUGCUGAUGCAAGAACGGAAAUUUGGAAUAAUUACACGAUCAAUUUUUUUAAAACAGGAAAAAAAGUUCGGAAAAUGUAUUACAAAAAAAAAAAAAAGAACUGUUAAUGUGCCAAAAAUUGUUUUUCAGCCUGUUCAAUUUUUUUUGGUGAGGUUUUCGUUCUGUAGAACUCCAAAAAGGCUCCAGUAUUAGCCCUGUACAAAUGUAAAGAGCCUCACUUGUAUAUGAAACCUCCAUGACUUCGUGCUGCUUCUUUGCUACACCUGGUGCUGCAGGGAUUUCUUUCCAUCCGUACCGCUUCUGUGUCGGUAGACCACAUCCUUUGGAACUGUUAUUGGAAACGGUCACAUUUUGAACUCACAGUUCCCUCACUUGGGUCUUAAUGAACCGUCGGGUCAUUUUCACCAUGUUGCCAGCCGUUACUUAAAUACCCCAGAAUUGGAACUUCCACUGCACAUGACUGCAAAUGCCUCAUAAUAAUGUCCCAUUAUUGGUUCUGACACAGCCUGGGCCUCCAGAACUGCAAAAUGCUCCAUUCACGCUGCCCCUGUUCAUCGUCGGGACUGGAUUUUGUGCGUGAACAUUGUUCGGCGUGGGAACGAACAGAAGCAUAUGUGUGUGUCGGAUUCGUUGGAUUGGUGUGUAGUCGCCCUGUUGACAGGACACAAACAUACCAGUCAAUCUUUGUCAAAUCUGAAUGCUUUGAUCGAUAACUGCCCUCAAACAACCGCAGCGGUAAUGUUUGAAAAGGUCAAAUGACCAGCGCUUCUGGUUCGAUAUGCUAAGUUUGUUUCACGAUCCACAGUAUGUUUGUAAUUGGUGGGACUUGUUUCAAACAACUACGUUUGUGUGGUAAGGAAUGGUCUGUUUUCACCCAUAUCUUAACAUGGAAGCAUGCCUGUAGACCUAAGCAAGUUUAGGAUUGGGACCUACCACCCCACUCCUCAGGAGUUUAUUUGGAAGUCCUGUUGUAUUCAGGAAAGUUUAAUUCAUAAUAUACAUGAGGAGAUCUCUUUAGCUAUGUUAAGCUACUGUCUGUCAUGGGAAGCCACUCUCCCCGGACACACCCCUAGGAUUUCGUUUACCUAAACCAUGAGAGAAAGCCCUGAGAUUUAUGAAGAAAAGCCUUCUGUGGAAUUUUGUGGUUGCACUCAUUGGGAUGUCAGCAGCCUAGAGAAUGGUCUCAGGGCACACGAUCCAAUUCUACAUUGAAGAAAAUCAGAUUUACAGAGCCGUCUUAUGCGGAGGUACACCUUUCUAAGUCCAUUUUAUGAGCCCAGGAGAACUCAGCAAAUCAGCACCUUCUGGUGGUACCCGGCCACAGGGAUGUCCGUCUUGCCUCAACCAGGGCCAGGGCUUUUUCGUCCG